GACGACAUGGCGCAAGACACACCCACGACAACCUUGUUCGCCCGCUUCGCUUCGAUGACGUGCCCUGCGCUAUCGAAGCCAACUGUCAACUGCGAUGGCGGUGUUGGCAACGUAUUCGACAACGGCCGCAACAGCGAUGACGAUGGCGAUGAUCGCUUGGUAUGGGAUGCUGGCGACGUCCGCGGUGACGAUGACAAUCCCGACGACGAAGGCGACGAUGUUCGGAAAGGCGACGAAGGCGGUGAAGACGACAGGCGAGAUGAUGUGCACGCCGGCGACGAUUUUGCCGAAGACGACUGCCAAGACGACGCAAGCAGUGAAGAUGGCUACGUUGGCGACGGACGCGGUGACGAUGACGAUGACGGCGACGACGUUCAACAAAAAGCGACGAUGGCGAUGAUGGCGACGAAGGCGCUGAUGAAGGCUACGAAGGCGACUCACGCGGUGAAGACGACUGCGACGACGACGGAACAAGCGCGGCGGGCGGUGGGGACUGCGUAAGGGAGAGAGAGAGAGUGCUUUCGUGCAUUUGCGA